GCAGAAUGGUUGGGAGGAGAAGCUUCAUUUACAGAAGUUCUAAGCAGCCAAAAACAUGUGACCCCUGGCCUGUAGUGAAGGAUUAGGUUUACGCUUUUUGUUUCAUUGGACACUGAAAUACGAACUCAGUGCUGCAUGAUUUUUUUUAUAGCAGUUCUAGCAUUCAGCCAUAAUGGUAUAUCCUGUGUGAAAAUAGCUCUGUAAUCUGCAUAUUCUCUGCUUUUUCUCUAAGAGUGUAGCUCAGAGGUAGCCUAUUAGAGCGACUCCGCCUUGCGCCUGCCCUAUUGACAGGUUAGUGUGCAAGACAAGAGAGAUAGCCUGUACCUCAUUGAUGUACUUGAGCGUUCAGAAAUAGGAUCUAAUACCGACAUUAUUCGAGGAGUAAAAUUCUAACAAAACAUUUUACAGAGUGAGAGAUGGAUUCGCAGACGAAGACUGAGCCGAUGCGCGUGCUCGUCACGGGCGGAUCCGGAUUGGUCGGGAAGGCCAUCGAGCACGUGGUGAAACAAGAAGGCGGCUGUCUCGAGGGCGAGCAGUGGACCUUCCUCUGCUCCAAAGAGGCCAACCUCGUAGAUCUACAACAGACAAGAGCAGUGUUUGAGAAGUAUCGGCCCACCCAUGUCAUCCACCUGGCUGCCAAGGUGGGAGGACUCUAUCUUCACAUGAAGGAGAACCUACACUUUCUGAGGGACAACCUUCGCAUCAAUGACAACGUGCUGCAGACGUCUCACGAAAGGGGCGUCACCAAGGUGGUGUCCUGUCUGUCCAGCUGCAUCUUUCCUGACAAAACCACAUACCCUAUUGAUGAGAGCAUGAUCCACAAUGGGCCCCCACAUGACUCAAACUUUGGCUACUCACAUGCCAAAAGAAUGAUUGAUAUUCAGAACAGGGGAUACUUUGAGCAGCAUGGGCGUCGCUACACCGCCGUAAUCCCGACUAACGUGUAUGGUCCCUAUGACAACUUCAACUUUGAAAAUGGUCACGUGCUCUCAGCGCUCAUGCAUAAGACAUAUGCUGCUAAAAAGGAGGGAACCCCACUACAGGUGUGGGGCUCCGGAACACCCAGGAGACAAUUCAUCUACUCUCUGGAUGUUGCACGUCUGUUCCUCUGGGUGCUGCGGGAGUAUGAUGAGAUUGACCCCAUCAUUCUCUCUGUGGGGGAGGAGGAGGAGCUCCCCAUCAAGGACGCCGUAGAGAUGAUUGCAGAUGCCCUGGACUUCAAAGGUCAAAUAGUUUUCGACACCAGCAAGUCAGACGGUCAGAUGAAGAAGACGGCCAGCAACGCCAAGCUGCAACGCUACCUCCCUGACUUCACCUUCACGCCGCUCUCUGAAGGUAUCAAGAAGACCUGUGAUUGGUUCGUGAACAAUUACGACAUAGCCCGAACAUGAAGACCAAUGAAGGGCGAGACAUGAAUAUUGUUUAAUGAAAAAGAUCAGGGCUACAUCCCAACACUAUUACUGUGCCUUCCAAGUCUUGUGUCCUUGUCUUCAUGCCAACUGAUUAGUGAAAGUUCUGGAUAGGUUUCACCAUGUGGCCGGUUAAGUUCUGUCAGAUCAGUGGGCAUGAAGUAAUGGCACACAGGACUCACAAUACCCCACCAUGUUGUUCUCCCCAGAACUGUCUGGCAACCAUUUUGGAUCCUUUCUCCUCUAUUUGCACCGUUGAUGUCAGGGAUUGACAUUAAGGUUUGAAAGGCUCUUGCCCAUUGGACAGCAGUUUGUUUGUUGGUUGCCUGGUGAUUACUGUCACUUGACAGAACAUUUUAAAGUAAUUGUUUACAAGCAAAAUGGUCACAGGGAUACUUUGAGAUUUUGGCAAUGAGGCCCAUUAUCUACUUCCUCAGAGGCUGUUGAACUCCUGGAUACCAUUUUUAUGUCUCUUUGUCCAGUAUGAAGGAACUUAGAGGUCAUUUUGUGAGCCAAUGCAAACUAGUGUUAGCACAAUGACUGGAAGUCUAUGGGUAUCUGCUAGCAUGCUAUGAAGUAGAAAAAUCAGUUUGAAUGCGUAACUUUUGCAGCGCAAUGAGACCCUUCUGCAACCUGGUUGUAAACAUACCGGCUCUGGAAGACUCAGAUUUAGACGCACAGCUCACAAUCGAGAGCCAUAGGAUAUAGUAUUGUCUGGCGCUCUGCUCACCCUGACCAAUAGUUAUACUUCCUGUGUAGCAGGACCAAAAAAAUGUAAGUGUAGCCCCUAUGUUAGGCUACUGAAAUUCAGUUUGGAAAAAUCCCCUGCCUAAUGGGGCAACCAGAGCAGGUUCAACUUGCCCGACUGCUCAGUUCAUUUGCUCCAAGCAAUUGGGCAACCCUUAAGGUCAAUCCCUGAUCAUGUCCUCCCCUGAUGGUGUCUGAACUGGUCCAGCCACCUGAUCCCCUACAGUAUGACUACCAGUUACUAUCAGCAAUACUGCAGGGUCAUGUGUUUACACUCAAAUACAUCACAUUAUUUUCAUUUUAAUAUCUAACAUAUAUAGUUGAAGUGUAUGAUCUAUUUGUGAUUGAAUAUUGACAAAAAUAUGGACUUUUUCUUGAUGUAAGAAUGAGGUGUCAGUCGUUGAGAGUGAUGCUGAAUGACAUGUUUUCUCACUACAAAACAACAAGUAUAAGCCUACAGUAAAGUAGCCUGGAUCUAAA